AUGCGAUUCUUGACCCCAGCCCUGCUGGGCCUCGCUGGCCUGGCGUCUGCUGUCGUUCUCCCCACCACCAGCACUGCGCCGAUCGAAGCAGUCGAGACGGAGAGCCCAAGCACCGACAUCACCCCCGACAGCGAUGAGAUUACCACCAAAUUCACCGAUGUGCGCGAGAAGAUCGUCAAAGAGUACAAGAAUGUGGAAGAGAUCCCCACCAGCAAAUACUUCACUGAAUCCAGCUUCCACUAUCAUUAUGACGGUCGAUUCGCUGAUAAGCAAUUGCCUGAAGAAAAAGUCAUUCCAUAUCUGUCGGCUUUGAUUCAAACUUAUUUGAAGACGAUGGAUUCUAUCGGUGCCGAAACAUGGAUCAUGCACGGAACUCUGCUCGCUUGGUGGUGGAACCAAAAGAUCUUCCCAUGGGACAAUGACCUGGAUGUCCAAAUUUCUGAACCGACCAUCCACUUCUUGGCGGAUUACUACAAUAUGACAGAGCACCAUUUCGAGAUUCCCGAUGGGGAAGCGGAGGGCCGCAAGUACCUACUAGAGAUCAACCAACACUACGCCGUCAAGGAUACCCGUGACAGACUGAACGUCAUCGACGCUCGCUGGAUUGACAUGUCCUCUGGUCUUUUCAUCGACAUCACCGCCGUGCGCAAGGAUGAGAUGAAGGAAUCAGGAUGGCUGAUGUGUAAAGAUCGUCACACCUAUGAACAGGACCAGAUCUGGCCCCUGCGCGAAAGCUACUUCGAAGGUGUUCCCGCCAAGAUUCCCUAUGCUUAUGUUGAGCUGCUGAAGGAAGAAUACGGCGUCAGGUCACUUACCAAUGGUGACUUCCAUGACCACCACUUUAAUGACAAGACCAAAAUUUGGGACCAGGUGAAGAAGCAAGCGAAGCGCUUCCUCCCUCAGGCCUUGGGCGGCGGCAAGUCAAAGUCCAUCCGCUCCCUUGGAAUUCGACAAUACGCAUGA